AUCAAUCUGUUAUUCAUUUAUUUAUUUAUUUAUUUAUUUAUUUCGGAGGAGAUUCUCUCCGUGAAAAAAUAACUUCAUGUUUAUAAGAAGAAGUGCAGAGAGUUCUCACUCUGUUUGUUUUUAAUGUCAAACUUUUUCUUCAACUAUUUUUUUUUCAUGCCGCAGUUUUACGUCAAAGUUUAGCGUUCUGUUUCCAUAGCAACGGAGCAGAGAGACACCGGAGGACACGGACAACAGGAAGCCUUCAGCCUGCUCUUCAUCAUCAGUCACAGACGAAACAUGUCUUCACCCAGAGUGGGCGUCAUCAGAGACUCCAUGUUGACCAAUCCACUGCUCAUCAAGGCAUCUCUGGGUCAGAGCCAGACCAGAGGGAUGUCACUUCCUGGUCCAGACUUCACCUUUGGAACCAGAAGCUCACACAGAGAUGGAGGCGUGCCCGAGGUUCUGUCCAGCUGGAGCGUUCAGUCCAGACGAGGAGACUCCGCCCCUCAUCGACCGCUCCCUCCAGACUUCGUGUCUCUGAACCGGGACGCCGUGAAGUCCGGUCUAGUGACAGCCAAAGAGCUGAGUCAGUACAGAGCUCAGAGGGGCGGAGUCAGGACCAAGAACCCCACCCCUAAGCAUCAGGAGGGCGGGGCCUCACAGCGCCAGACGGUCCCUGACAUCGUGUUUGGAGUCAAAACCAGGGCGUCGUCUCCUCUGUCCGACCUCCUCUCUCAUCAGUACGGGCGCCACUGGAUCGACGAACAGCUGAGCAGGAACCAAACCAGCGACCACAAACAGCUGCAGAGGAUAAGACCAGGAAAUAUUCCCGACACCAGGACGAGUCUCUUGAGGAGGAGCAGAGCACUUCCUGUCACACAGACGCCGUUCACACUGCCACGCUUCAAACAGGUUGCUCCUGCUCUCGACACCUUCAGGGACCAGGAGGCUCGUAUGCGGGCGUUCAGGGCUCAUCAGUCGGACUCAGUGUCCAGGAGAGGAGUUCAGGGUCUGGGGACGUACAGUCUGGACUGAGCUGAGGAGGAAACACGCUCAGCGUUAACACAAAUAAAAAAGAACACGCAUUAUAAAUCAGUGUGACGUGUUUUUAUCUAAAAUACAACCUGUGGUCAUCAGAAGAGGAGGAGGAGUCCCUCAGGGCUCUGUACCAGCUCCCUCACUUUUCUCUGUAUAAAUUAAAGCUGUUAUUAGAUCAUCAAAAGCUUCUUUGUAAAGAAAAAUAAAUCACCAGAAACUUUUAAAGAAAACAUGGUGGGUCUGAAAGGUGUGUUUAAAAGAAAAAAAAGCUUCUUCAAUAACUGCAUAAACAUUUUUAAAGAAAAAAAAUGCCAAAAUUUGAAAAAAGACAGUUAUCAAAACUUUUUUUUACAAAAACAACACACUGUUUGUUUGAAAGGCAUGUUUUAUUAAAGGAAACAAAAAGAAAUCCCCAAAAUAUUUUGAAAAAACAUCCAACAUCCAAACCUUCUCGUGGGUUUGGAAAAGUUUGGGCAAUUUUAAAGAGAAUAUUUUCUUAAAAAAAUGUCAAAAGACAAACAAACAGAAAAAGCCAAUAUAUUUAAAAUAAAUAAAUAAAUAACUAAAUAAAUAAAUAAGCCCCUCCCCUGAGCCAACAUUAUUUAAAGUGCCCCCCCCUUGCCCCGCCCCCCUCAUUAAUAACGAACAGUCCCUAACAUCUGUCUCCGUCACAUCAGCACACAGCUGCUCUCAGUGUGUCAGUGGAGCUGAUCAUCAGCAGCCGAUCACCUGAUCAAUAAUCAUCUCUCAGCAGAUGGACUUUUAAUUUCUGAAUCUUAUUUUUUUUUACUUCACUGAAUU